AUGUCGAUGUCACGGUCUCAGCUGCUUCAGCUGGCCAUUCCUCUGGUACAUACGUACGGCUUCACUCGUGCAGCUCUCAGCCACUCGGUUUUUCGACUUCCGAAGCCUCAUUCAGAGCAGCUAUCCGAUUCUGCCGUGACAGCACUGUUCGGUGAGGACCAUGAUGCGCGCAAGACCCUCAUCACCGCAUGGCUCGAGAACGCUCGUUAUCAGAUGAAGGGGGCACCUUCGCCGACAAUCAGAGAUGUGCUUGCUCAGAGGCUGAAGCUGAACGAGCCGGUUUUGCAAUUUCUUCCGGAGGCUCUGGCAUUGAUGGCGUCCCCGACGAGUGGCCUGCCGCCUUUGGACCCUGUUCCUGCGUUGAAGCACACUGGAAGUGUCGCAGACGAGGCUUGUACAUUCACAGCAUACGAUUUCCUGGGUAAUCUGCUUAACUCGUCUGCGAAGGUUGAAUCUGCCCUCACGGACGCGGGGGUAUUUGCUCAAUAUAUUGGGCGGAGCUGGGCUGGUAUCAUCAAAAGCAGAGGCAUGAUUUGA